CGGCGGGGUGGGGUGUCCACUGAUCCCUGGUGCGGGGAAGCGCUGGGCCUCGAACCUAGGGCUCAUUCUCCGCGGCUCCGACCACGCGGCUGGGUGCGCUGCGGUCCUUGGCUCCGCCGCAAUGACCGGCGCUGUGGUGGCCGCGCUGGGGAUGCGCAACAGGGCGACAGCUAGCGUGGGCGGGUGAGGGGGGAGCGGCCCUGCCGCGGGAGGCCUGGGGCCGCGGGGACUUUUAUUCUGACACGGCCGGCGCCCGGCUCUGCUUAGUCAUGGUGACCUGCGCGCGUUCUGCGCCUCCCCCCUGCGCACUGCGAUGGAGGCGCCCGGGCCUGGGCGACGGAGGCGGAGCCCGAGCGCGGCCAUGGCGGGGUGAGUGGGGCGGCCAGCGCCCGGGCUGAGGGCGCCACGGGCCGUGAGCGCCCUGCGGCCGUGCCCGGGGGCCAGAGAACCGGGAGAUGCGGGACCGGUCUCGGGGUUCCCGCGGCUCCGCGGAGGGCCAGGAGGGCGCGGCUCGAGUCCUAUCCUUUUGUUGGACGGCGCGGCUCGCGGGGUGGCCCGGGAGCGACGCAAGCCGAGCGAGAGGCCGAGGGAGCGCCGCUCGGACGGAGGCCUGGGGACCCCGGGGCGUUGGGGGGCUUGGUUUGCGCCCUGGGGCUGGCAGUGGAGAGGCCGCGGCGGGGUCACUUCCUCCCUUCUCCAGGCCUUGGCGGCUCAGGCGGGACAUGCGCAGUCCCCCACUUACCGCUUCUUGGGGGGAAGUGCCCGGUGCCCAGGGGGCACCGUUGACCUAUUGGCCGAAGACCUAGAGGCAGGCCUGGGUCUCGGCUGGGGAGAGGCGGCCAAGCGGCAUCCAGGGCCCGGUGGAGGAGGGUGCGCUGGCAGGGACAGUGGAGUGGGCAGUCAGCCAGCCACAGCUUACUGACCUCUGCGGGGUGCCAGGCCCCAGGCAGGAUGCAGGGGAGGCACAUGAGAGGGUGGGCAUAACCCUGACCUACACAGGUCUACCUGCUCUCUGAAGCCUGGGGCUCAGGGCCAGAGGAACAGGCCAUCCUUCAACAAGCAAGCAAAGGAGCUCCUUUCCAUUCUUGACAAGUGCUGUGAUGGAUAUAAAACAGGGAGGAGGUGACUCUGAGUCGAGCCCAGAGAAAGAUAAGAUGAAGAACCCAGGGAGCCUCUUGCAGACCAACCCCCCCCCCCAUGCCACUCCCCACAGGACUUUUCAAAACAUAACUCAUGCCCCGGUCCUCCAGACUCCACAGGGUUCACCGAAAGCCUCCCUUCACUAGUCAGUCUCUCUCAUUACACUGCUCCCUGAUUCUCUAGAUUGUCUCUCAUCAUUCUGCCUCUGAGCCUUUGCACCUGCUGUUCCCUCUGCCUGGAAAACUAACUCCCACCCCCAGCUUCUUCAUACGUUCACCCUUCUGGUCUCAGCUCCAACAGAGGCCUGGACUACCUGAUUUUAAAAAAACUGCCCCCAUAUGACACUGUCCCAAUGCUGUUGUCAUUUUCUUCAUAACCCCAGUUUCUGCUCCAGUCUUACUUAUUUUACUUAUGGCCCUUCCCUCCCCAGUGUCAGCACCAGCGGGGCACAGUGCAUUUCUGUCUUGGUCACUGCUGUGUCCCCGGUGCCUAGAACAGUGCCUGGCACACAGUAGGUGCUCAAUAAAUGUUGGUGAGGUGAAUGAAGGAAUGAGUUGGACAUGUCCUAGGAAGGGAGGGGCCACCAGAGAGCUGGAACAGAAUGAGCAAAGGGAAGAGGUGGACAGGAGCUGACUGUGAAGGGCUUUGCAAGCCAUUGAAGAAUUUGGUUUUAUUCUUCAUGCCACAGGGAGUUGUAGGGGGAUUCUGAGCAGGGGAGGGACACCAUCUGACCUAUGAUUUAGGCUGGACCCUCGGGCUGGUGAGGCCAUGGGGCAGUUAGGGAGUGCAAAUGCACACUGCUUCACCUGUGCUUAGGAAGGAAAACUGGGCUAGGAGUUACUUUAUCUUAGAAAAGAAGGCCUGGCCCCAGGCCCUCCCCCCAGCCCUGUGCUCUCCCUCCUCCAGGCCCCUGAGUGCCAGUGGUGGUGUUGUCCCUUGUCACCUGGAACCCCAUGCAGCUGGAACCUGGGCCUAGUGGGGCUGGGGCCCACACCCAAUUCCUACCCCUGAGGUCACAGCGCCCUGAGGGGGCAGGGGACACGGUGAUGUACGCCUCCACCGAGUGCAAGGCCGAGGUGACGCCCUCCCAGCACGGCAACCGCACCUUUAGCUACACCCUGGAGGAUCACACCAAGCAGGCCUUCGGCAUCAUGAACGAACUGCGGCUCAGCCAGCAGCUGUGUGAUGUCACACUGCAGGUCAAGUACCAGGACGCACCAGCCGCCCAGUUCAUGGCCCACAAGGUGGUGCUGGCCUCAUCCAGCCCCGUCUUCAAGGCCAUGUUCACCAAUGGGCUGCGGGAGCAGGGCAUGGAGGUGGUGUCCAUUGAGGGCAUCCACCCCAAGGUCAUGGAGCGCCUCAUUGAGUUCGCCUACACGGCCUCCAUCUCCAUGGGUGAGAAGUGUGUGCUCCAUGUCAUGAACGGUGCCGUCAUGUACCAGAUUGACAGCGUGGUCCGUGCCUGCAGUGACUUCCUGGUGCAGCAGCUGGAUCCCAGCAACGCCAUUGGCAUCGCCAACUUCGCCGAGCAGAUCGGCUGUACUGAGCUGCACCAGCGUGCCCGAGAGUACAUCUACAUGCACUUUGGGGAGGUGGCCAAGCAAGAGGAGUUCUUCAACCUGUCCCACUGCCAGCUGGUGACCCUCAUCAGCCGGGACGAUCUGAACGUGCGCUGCGAGUCUGAGGUCUUCCACGCCUGUAUCAACUGGGUCAAGUACGACUGCGAGCAGCGGCGCUUCUACGUGCAGGCGCUGCUGCGGGCUGUGCGCUGCCACUCGCUCACCCCCCACUUCCUGCAGAUGCAGCUGCAGAAGUGCGAGAUCCUGCAGUCGGACUCCCGCUGCAAGGACUACCUGGUGAAGAUCUUCCAGGAGCUCACCCUGCACAAGCCCACACAGGUGAUGCCCUGCCGGGCGCCCAAGGUGGGCCGGCUCAUCUACACGGCCGGCGGUUACUUCCGCCAGUCACUCAGCUACUUGGAGGCCUACAACCCCAGCGAUGGCACCUGGCUCCGGUUGGCGGACCUGCAGGUGCCAAGGAGCGGGCUGGCGGGCUGUGUGGUAGGUGGGCUGCUGUAUGCCGUGGGUGGUCGGAACAACUCCCCCGAUGGCAACACCGACUCCAGCGCCCUGGACUGCUACAACCCCAUGACCAACCAGUGGUCGCCCUGCGCCUCCAUGAGCGUACCUCGAAACCGAAUCGGGGUUGGGGUCAUCGAUGGGCACAUCUAUGCUGUCGGCGGCUCCCAUGGCUGUAUCCACCACAACAGUGUGGAGAGGUAUGAGCCAGAGCGGGAUGAGUGGCACUUGGUGGCCCCAAUGCUGACACGAAGGAUCGGGGUGGGAGUGGCUGUCCUCAACCGUCUACUCUACGCGGUCGGGGGCUUUGACGGGACGAACCGCCUUAACUCAGCCGAGUGUUACUACCCAGAGAGAAACGAGUGGCGAAUGAUCACACCCAUGAACACCAUCCGAAGUGGGGCAGGAGUCUGCGUCCUGCACAACUGCAUCUAUGCUGCGGGGGGCUACGAUGGUCAGGACCAGCUGAACAGCGUGGAACGCUACGACGUGGAGACAGAAACGUGGACUUUCGUAGCCCCCAUGAAGCAUCGGCGAAGCGCUCUGGGAAUUACUGUGCACCAGGGAAGAAUCUAUGUUCUCGGAGGCUAUGACGGUCACACGUUCUUGGACAGCGUGGAGUGUUACGACCCAGACACGGACACCUGGAGCGAGGUGACCUGCAUGACAUCUGGCCGGAGUGGAGUUGGUGUCGCUGUCACCAUGGAACCCUGCCGGAAGCAGAUUGACCAGCAGAACUGUACCUGUUGAGCUACUUUUGUUUCUUGGGCAAAAAAAUGUUCCAAUCCAGAGUACUGUCGUCUUUGUACAAAAACAGGGACAAAAGAAAAGGCUACAGAGCAAAUGCUUGUCCUCCAGGAUGGGAGGCUGGGAUGCCUCAGUGUUAAAAUGACAACUCGAAAGAAAAGGCCAGAAUGGGAACCCGUGAGCCCAUCAUAGUCCCAGGAAUGUCCAGGAGAGCCUGCCCGGGAGGUGGGUGCGGGAAGGGCAGGCCCCCCGGGGAGAGGCCCCUACACCUGCUACCCCGAGACCAGGCCUGGGUCCCACACCAGCAGCCACCACCUCCCCUUGGGAUGAAAGCAGGUGCCGAGGACAGGCUGGUUUUUGUUCCCUGCAUCUUCGUGAUUGGUUCUUGGAGGCCUGGGAACGAGCCAACUGAGGCCUCAGGGGCUGAGGCCCCUCCAGAGGUGUGGACCCCGGGGAUGGGCCUGUACAUAGAAACCAUUGGGUAUCACUGCCCUGGACAGUCAUUUUGUUGAUAAGUAACCCUGUAACUUUCCAUUGAAAAUAAAGAACAAACUAACUAGUGUCUUCCA